UAUAUCACAAGGCUACAGGUGCCUUUAUCUCCACUGUACGCUGGUGCUGGGAGCGCCUGCCUUCUCUUGCCUUGAAAGCCUCCUCUUUGGACCUAGUCACCGCUGUCCUCACGGUGAUGUUGGACUCAGUGACACACAGCAGCGCCUUCCUGCCCAACACGUCCUUCUGCGACCCCCUGAUGUCGUGGACUGAUCUGUUCAGCAACGAAGAGUAUUAUCCUACCUUUGAGCAUCAGACAGCGUGCGACUCAUACUGGACAUCUGUCCACCCCGAGUACUGGACUAAGCGCCAUGUCUGGGAAUGGCUCCAGUUCUGCUGCGACCAGUACAAGCUGGACACCAGUUGCAUCUCAUUCUGCCACUUCAACAUCAGCGGGCUGCAGCUGUGCAGCAUGACACAGGAGGAGUUCAUCGAGGCGGCUGGCGUCUGCGGGGAGUACCUGUACUUCAUCCUCCAGAACAUCCGCUCGCAAGGUUAUUCCUUUUUUAAUGAUGCCGAAGAGACCAAGGCUGCCAUCAAAGACUAUGCUGAUUCCAGCUGCUUGAAAACAAGUGGCAUCAAAAGUCAAGACUGUCACAGUCAUAGUCGAACAAGCCUCCAAAGUUCUCACCUAUGGGAAUUUGUACGAGACUUGCUUCUAUCUCCUGAAGAAAACUGUGGCAUUCUGGAAUGGGAAGAUAGGGAACAAGGUAUUUUUCGGGUGGUUAAAUCAGAAGCCCUGGCAAAGAUGUGGGGACAAAGGAAGAAAAAUGACAGAAUGACAUACGAAAAGUUGAGCAGAGCUCUGAGGUACUACUACAAAACGGGAAUUUUGGAACGGGUCGACCGAAGGUUAGUGUACAAAUUUGGAAAAAAUGCACACGGGUGGCAGGAAGACAAGCUAUGAUCUACUCCAUCAUCGAGGUUAUGUUAUGGAUUUCUGUCUUUUAAAACAAUCAGAUUGCAAUAGACAUUUGAACGUCUUUGUUUUUGUCUUUUAAACCUGCAAAUGUGCUGAUAAAAUUUCUCCACAUCUCAUCUUACAUUUGGAUUCAGAGUUGUUGUUGUCUACGUGGGGGUGAUGGCA